UUUUUUUUUUUCCAACCUCUCUCUUUCUAUUUAUUUUUCAAAAGAUCCUUUCGACCAUGUUCGCUCGCAUCGCCACUCGCUCUGCCGCCCUCAAGGCUCCUCGUUCCAUGGCUGUCCGUGGUUUCUCUGUUGCUGCCAUCCAACAAAAGGAUGUUAUCUCAGAUUUGUAUAUCAAGGAAUUGAAGGCUUACAAGCCCGCUCCUGCUUCUAAGGCUGAUGAAGCUCAAGUCAAGGAUUUGAAGCUCCCUCCUGCUCCUGCUGCUCCUCAAGUGGAUGAAGACUUGGCUGCUCAAUUGGCUGCUUAUGAUGCUGAACCUGAAGAAGCUUCCCAAUAGAUAUUGUACUUUAUCAAAAUCAUUCCUUCUCAUCCAUUUCUUCUUCAAUAACAUCCUCAACAUCGACAACAACAACAACAACAACAACGAUAGCAACGAAUCAACAAUCUCAUAUACGAAUUUGUGAUAGGUUUAGUUGUAGUAUUAUUGCUUUUGGAAAAUAAAGAUUGUAGAAACGUAUACA